CAGGAGGAAUCAGCAGCAGCAGCUGCAGCAGGACAAUGGACCGUCUGCACCGUGGAUCCUAACGGGCACCGGGCGGCUUCAGCAAACCGGGGGACACAAGGCGGUGAACGUGAAUCAGCUGCAGGAUGCUGCACCCUUCAUCCCUGCUGACCCGCUCUCUCCCAGGGGGCAUCUGACUCACCAAACAUGAUGAAGACCGAGCCCCCGUCGGCCACAGGGGGCAACGGGGCCUCCGGCGGCGCCGGCUCGAACCUGCGCAGCCCCUCGCCUCACCGCAACGCCUACGAGGCGGGCCUCGCCGCCCUGAAGAAGGCCACUGACCACCUCAACAAUGCUGCAAACGGAGGCGCCAGCCCCUCGAUGAAGCCCGCCCCGCUGCCCCGCCCCACCGGGAGGGGCCGCAAGUACGGAUCCAAUGUGCACCGCAUCAAGAACAUGUUCAUGCAGAUGCAGAGUCCCGGGGAUGAGGAGGACGGCGCUAAAGUCAUUGGUAAAGAGCAAGAGGUGAAACUGUCCUUGCCUCGAGCGUCCAGUCUCAAUGAGAACGUGGACCACAGCGCUCUGCUGAAACUUGGGGGCACGGUCUCGGAGAGGGUCAACCGGUUCGACACCAAGGCGCCCGGGGAAAGUGGGGGCUCGGCCGGAGGUCUCUCCAAGCUACAAGAGACCAGGAGGAUCUUCGAACAGCGGACUCUGCAGGAAAAGCAAGCAGCCACUAACCGCAUCUUGCUGAAGAAGGAGCGAGCUUCGGGCUUCCAGGACAGCCGUCUUGACGUCGUCGCCCGCUUCAAUGGGUCCACCGAAGCCCUGGACCGACUGGACGACCCCCCCGUUCCCUCUCCCGCCGCCGUCUCCUCCGCCGCAGCGUCGGUUAACCCCAGCGAGGCCGUCAGCCCCACCGUGAGCCAGCUCAGCGCCGCGUUUGAGAAGGGCGACCUGCAAAACAAUGUCUACCUCCCCCAGCGCCGCUCAGCCCCGGCUUUGGCGCCGAAACCCAAACCUCCAGCCAGAGGAGAGGCCGUUGAGAGGAAGGUGAAGACUAAGGCGCCCCCUCCAAGCAAAGACGACAAGGACGACGUCUCACUGGGAGUCUCGACCGGUCAAGCAGGAGAGGUGCCGGUCGUGACGGAUUCUGGACAAAGCAGUUUAGGAGAUCUGGAGACUAGUGAGGAGAAGAACGGGUUUGGACAGUCUGGAGAGCAACUCUCCAACUCCUCGCAUUUCUCCUCGCCGUCGGUGACGAUCACCUCUUCUUCCUCGCUGGAGGCCAAUCUCAUGGCGGAUUCCCACCCUGCAGAGACCGAGGCGGGCUUAAGUGCGGCCGCCGCAGCCGAGCCGAAUCCGCAGGCCGACGAGCCGGACGGCUGCUCCAGGGGACCCGACGCCGUCGGGAGGCUGGUGCAGGCCGAGGUUCACGCCUCUCUGGAAAACGGAGAGAAGGAGCCUCCGUCUUCCUCGCCUUCCUCGGACGAGAAAGGAGACGACUCCGAGGAAAGGGGCAAGGAAGACGAGGACAACGACGAGGACGGUUCCAGGAAGGAGGAUUACUCCGAGGGAGACCUGGUAGAUAUUAGUGCGUACAGCGGGCUGGGCGAGGAAGACUCUGGGGGAAGCCAGCUGGAUGACGAGGACGACGACGAAGACGAGGAGGCGUACCAGCCGGAGACCAGUUGCUCUGAAAUCGCAGGCCUUCCUGAGGAAGAGGAGCCGCCACCACCCAACAGGAAGAUUUGCUUCAGCACGGAUCCAAUCAAGGUCUUCACCACCUACUCCAACGAGGACUACGACCGGCGGAAUGACGACGUCGACCCCAUGGCGGCCUCGGCCGAGUACGAGCUGGAGAAGAGGGUGGAGAAGCUGGACCUGUUUCCGGUGGAGCUGGAGAAAGACAGCGACGGUCUGGGGAUCAGCAUCAUCGGGAUGGGCGCAGGAGCAGACAUGGGCCUGGAGAAGCUGGGGAUCUUCGUUAAGACGGUCACCGAGGGCGGGGCGGCGCAGCGGGAUGGCAGGAUCCAGGUGAACGAUCUGAUCGUGGAGGUGGACGGCACCAGCCUGGUCGGCGUCACUCAGAGCUUCGCCGCGUCCGUCCUCCGCAACACGUCGGGCACCGUCAGGUUUGUGAUCGGCCGGGAGAAGCCGGGGGAGCAGAGCGAGGUGGCUCAGCUGAUCCAGCAGACCCUGGAGCAGGAGAGGUGGCAGAGAGAGAUGAUGGAGCAGAGAUACAAGCAGUACAUGGAGGAAGAUGAAGAGACGGGUGAAUACGCGACGGACGAGGAAGAGGAGAUGAGCCCAAUGUUUCCAAACUCCAUCGAGGUUUUUGACCUGACGGAGAACCAGGACAUGUUGUCUCCGGUGGAGCUGGACCCUGAAAAACUGGCCCACAAAUUCAAAGAGCUUCAGAUUAAACAUGCAGUAACGCAGGCCGAGAUCCAGCUGCUGAAGAGAAAGCUGGCUCACGCCGAGCAGGAUAAGCUGCGUUGGCGGAUGGAGCGCGCUCAGCUGGAGCAAAACAUCCGAGACAGCAAGGAGAGGAUGGAGAAGCUGGAGGGCUACUGGAUGGAGGCGCAGUCGCUGUGCAAGGCAGUGGAUGAACACCUGAAGGAGACCCAGUCUCAGUACCAAACCCUGGAGAGGAAAUACAGCAAAGCCAAGAGGCUGAUUAAAGAAUACCAGCAGAAAGAGAUUGAGUUCCUGAAAAAGGAGACGGCGCAGCGUCGAGCUCAAGAAGAGAGCGAGGCCACCCAUAAAGAGGAGACGGACAACCUGCAGGAAAAGAUUACAGACCUGGAGACCAAAGUGGAUGCCUUGAAGACCCCCAAACCCUCCUAGACCGCUGCUGCUUCCUGCCUCCCGUCUGCGACUGGAAGAGGAGGAGCUCCGCCUUCCGUCUCGCCGGGGCUCCGUUUUACUCCGAUCGAUUCACUGCACGGACGGGAAACGACGGGAAACCUUCUCAUCUGUGACAUCCGCCAGCGGCCCAGUGCUCCAAUCCCAGAAUGCACCACUCCCCUAUUCAUGUGUCUUCCUGGUUACCGGCUCGGCAAUCAACCCCGAAACCACACCAAGCGUUUCUUUCUCAUUUCCCUUCAUGAACAGGAUCUCAGCAGACUUUAUCAGUGGAUCAACUUUUUUUUUUUUUUUUUUUUAAAGCGCUUUUAAUAACCAGGCUCGUCACAAAGUGCUUUAUAGAGGGACAGGAGGCAUGAAAUGCAGAGCAAGGACCGAACAAAACGAUUGUGGUUCACGCAACCCGGCGAGAUCUCCACAGAGAAACAAACGCCGAUUCUCUUUCUGACCGUCUGAGCGGAAACCUCGGAUUCAAGAGGCGGAUUCUCACCGGAAACACGACAGAACUCUGAAAAGGAAAACAGCCACCACACCGCCGACAGUCAAAGUAAUAAAAAAAACAAAAACAGAAACUGUAGACACAAACCUUUGAUCCGAUCUGUGAACGGGCAGAACGCUCCAGCUCCUCAGCUUCUCUCUCUUCCAGCUCCUCUCUCUGCAAACCCCGUAAGGAAUCAAGCAACAGCUCUUCAGGUCGGAAGCGUCAUGUUUGUAUAUAUUCUAUACAUUUAUUUAAAAGUGUUUCGGAGCGGUUCCGUCGGGUGUGACGCUGCAGAGCGUUUCAUCUCGUUUCUACCAAUGGCAAACAGGGUGCGAGUCGUCCAGCGUGUGCUUACAGAGCUUCUAACGGUGUAUAUUUAUGGGUGUUUACUGCAGUAUCUGUGGGUUUACAUGCACACCAGCCUCCUGCUGUUCAAGUCGGACGUGCAACUGCUUUUCUCAGAUCGCUGGAAAUGUCCGUCUCUCGCUGGAAGCUGGAAUCGAUGAUCGGUGUCGUGGGACAUUCAGGGAGUUCAGAAACCAGUCGCUCAAACAUCUCUCGGAGGCCGAGACGUGAUGCUGAAUAUCGCGUGAUCGCUUUAGGGAAGUGGGGGUUUUUUCACUUCUUCCCUUUUCCUCUUAAACUGGAAACAGCGAUUGGAAAAAAGAAAUGUGCAGGGAAAACUAAGAAAAUCAUUGAAACACAUUGUAACUCAGAAUUUCUUUAAUUGCGAGACAAAUUAAAGUUUUAAUGGAAAAUCAUGUUCCUGGCCCACAAGUGGCAGCAAUCCGGUCCACCAAGCAAAGAGAGGUUUAGAUUUUUUAAAAUGACUUUCUUAAGAGUUUCAGUGAAGACCCAAAUUGAGAAAUGUUGGCACAAAGUAGCCACAAAGCCAUGCUGUCAGGGUGAGUUUGUAUAAAACAUGCAAAAUCCGACAGUUAUAAUUACUUUUUUUUUUUUAAUUCACUGUAUUCUGCAUCUUUAAAAUUGGCUUCAUGUUGAGAUAGCAGUAAUUAUUUGCAUUAUUUGAAAAUAAUAUAGACUUUUUCAAGUCUGUGCCUCAACCAACAAAUGCUUUUAAACUUUCAAUUUAAAGGUUAUUAUGACCCUAUUUUAGCUGUCCGGCCCACUCGAGGUGAAACGUGGCCCCUGAACUAAAAUGUGUAAUAAAUUAUAUCAGAAGUCACUAAUUCUGCCUUCAGUGUGUGAUAAUCCUGUUUGGAUUAUCAGGAUUAUAUUUAUUCUUUCUCAGAAAAGCUUCCUAAAUUUAGCUUUCAAAGUUUUUAUUGCCUGCAAAGUAUUAAAACAAGUUUUGAGCCAAAAACAAGUGAGUUUUUACAGUAUUUGGAGAAAAAACGUGAGCAUUUAAUCCAGUAAUAACAAAAUCAAGCCAACAUUUUCAGUAUUAUUUUAUUUAUUAUAUUCCAACAGAAAAAGUCUAAAUGGUCAUAAUCAAGGGAAAAUCCCUUUUAAGUACUUUGAUCUUGAUAUUUGUGUUCUUUUUUUUCUCUAAUUUCAAUUGGGGGAAAAAAGUUCCUCCUUGAAGUUUUUCCUGAAAUUAGUUACUAUUGUUAUUAGAGGGUCUAUUUCAACACCGUGUCUCUCUUAAUGUUUCCAUCAACCACUCCUCUAAUGCCAUCACUUAAUAUUUGCAUAUAAUAAUGUUUCACAUGAGCAAAACAAGCCAUAUAAACUCCGUUUUAUGAACAAUUUUAGAUUUUAACUGGAACAUUUUAAUCACUACAAAAAAAAAAAAAAGAUUAGAAAUGGCUUAUGAAAGUAAAAAUCAUUUCAAUUUUCCACUCAGCUUUGAAAAUAAACUUUUAUUGACCCAAAUUCACACUGGAAAAAACUGCAGUGACAUAUUAAAAAUACAAGCAGCCAGUUUAUCUAGAAAAAGCUGACUGAAUACAACAGGCUGAGUAUUUUACUGGUUCAAACGGAUCAGAAUUCAAACACAAGGACAAAGUCUUACUGUUUCAUUAAAGCGGUUAUGUACAAGACGACAGGUCUGCCUCUUUAUUCGCCUUAUUCGCUCAUUCUUGCUCGUAGUUCCACAUAUUCACUAAGUUUUGACCCGUUGGAUUCCCAGAAGAAGAAUUUCUAAUCAUCAGAGAGAAUGUUUCUGGCUUCAGUCAGUAUUUGUUCUUUCCUCUCUGCUAGCGAGGCUUUUCUCUGCUCCCGUGCCUCUGAGAAAUGUUGAGUUUUCCCCCUGAAAGUCGUGUGCAUGUAAACACACUCCACAUCUUUUCUUUUUUUUUAUUGCUUUAGAAGAAAACUAGAAGGUCCCAGUGCCAGUAUUAUGCCUUUAGAGACUUAAGGUAGCCUGAAAUAGUCCAAAUGUUGGUGGAAUACAGAAGUGUUACUGUGGUUGUUAAAGGUCAGAUGAUUUAAAAAAGAAAAAAAAGAAACACGAACCACGGGAGGGUGCAUCAGGUUCAUCAAGAAAUAUUGAAAUAUUCUUACUGAUAUGAAAGCUUUCUUUAGACGCCGGACGGAUGUUUGUAGUUCGGGGUCCAUGAGGGUCAGCUCGGACUGAAAAGGUCAAGAUCUGAAAAAGACAGCUCAACACAAACCUUUUCAGAUUGUUUCUCCGGCUUUAUUAGAAUCCAUCGUCGUUUCUAUGAAAAGUCUGUUUAAAACACACCUUGGAUGUUUUCUUUAAUAUAUAAUGAAGCCGAUCAAGCAAAUGAAUCAGAAUUUGUUCAAAGAAAACACAACCCGUCGGCAGCUCAGGUCUUCCUGUCUCCCUGCUGACCCUCGUUCAGACUGUAGAACCGGUGAAACAAAGUCAUCUUCAAAACGAAUCUCAGAGCUUAGUUGCUGGAAAUGCGUUGCGUCGGUCGUCAAAUAUUGUCUGGAUUUGCUGAAAAUGGACCAACUGGCUGAUGAUUGAGCCUCACACUGUGGUCACAGCCUGUACUUUUAUUUAUGCUCACAUAUAUUACCCACUUUUAAGAUUUUUAUUUUUUUUUUUUUUUUUGCAAAAUGGUGCUCCAAGAAAAAAAGUUCUGAACAGAUUUAUGUAUUUUUUUUUUGGCGGAUGUCUUUAUGAGUUAAUGUAUGGUUUUUUUUGUUGUUUUUAAGACAACACAGCUUGCUGGCAAGCUCUGAUUGAAAAUACUGCGAGUUCAGUUAUACCCAAAUACCUAAUGAGGCCAUUUCUAUCAACCACCAGUCCAAUCUUCUUUGGCUUUGAGGCAGCUCCCGGUUAAAGUGAGUGCUUUAAAGAGCUGGUUCGGAAUUCUCUUCAGACUUAAAUUGCAUUAAAUCGUGCAUGCUAUUUUCUAUUUAUUUUGUUCCCGUUCUAGCACCUUGUUUUGGUCCAGACGCAGCUUUCUCUAAAAACUGCUGUACAGACGAUGACGGAGCGAAGUGAGUGAGGUGUUAACCCUUUAGUGUCUUUUCACCCAUAAUUUAGUGUUGCUAAAUUUGUCAACUCAGAGAGUCAAGCUAGUUUUAUUUUAAAGAUUCUGGGGCCCUCUUUACACUAUAAUGUUUUCAAAUGAAAACAGACUUUUUUAUUAACAUUUCACUGUGUUUCACACCAGAAGAUUUCAUUAAGAUUGGCUUUAUGUUGAGAUUUUAGUCAUUUUCAGUCAUAAAAUUGUGGAGUUUCAUGUCAUAGACUGUGCCACAGCAAAUAAAAUAUUUAAAGCUGCAUUUGGCCACUGAAUUAAAAAAAACAAUAGUUUCGACCCUUCCCUUGAAUAAUAACAGUUAAAAUGAAUUUGAAAAGUUUGUCUCUGAUUUCAAGAAACAAUUUGUCCUUUUCUUUCAGAAGACGUUAAAGGGUUAACGUGCUUCACGUUAAAGUACCUUCCAGACCUGCAUGUUGGCACUGUGAUUGUGAGCAUGUCCGCACGCCGACCUUAGCAACGCUCUGCCCGGAGGAGUCCGUAACCUUCGUUUUUGUCGCCAGAAUGUAAAUUAUUUGGGUUGUUUCUGUAUUUCGCAACUCCAAGUAAGUUUAGCAGACACGCAUACGGUAGUUUUUGCUCAUCAUAGAAAUGAAACGUUGCACUAGAAUCACAUCUUCUGGGAAGUACUUCCUCGAAAAGUUUAGUUUGCGUAGAUCAAUCCGGCCUUGCUUGUAGCCUUAGCCUCGUCUGAAUCUGUACUUUGCCUCUGCGUAUGUCUGACAGGAAAUAAUUCGUGGUAUGAAGUGUAUCCCACACACACAUUUUGCAUAAAACACGGGGAGCAAAGUUUGUGUAUUUCAUUCAGGAAGUGUCAGUUGCUAACAGAAACAGGAAUUUCAACAUUUUGACCUUUUCUUUUGUGUAUGUAUGCGUGAAGUUGAUGGGUUUUGGUUUGAAUACUGAAAGUAUUUGUUGUAAACUUGCAGUAUGUUCAGACUGUAGUCUUUGAGGGUGUGUGUUCUCACUGGGGAGCGGUUUAUCCAAAUCCAACGAGUGGAUCUAAGCUUUGGCCGUUUCUAAGACACACCCAGGACAGAGCGCGUUUCAAAGGAGUGAAAAUCAGCCAUAAGCAACUCACUUGAGUGUUUUUUCGUAUUCUUUUGAAUUACAGCUUUAUCUCAAUGUGAAACCGAUGUGAGCUGAACAGUAGUACCACCAAAUCCAGUCCUGGUCACUGUGGGUUUGAUGUCCAAACGCAGGAAGUGAUCAGUUUGCCUUUCCUUUGUUGUUCUUUUUUUUUUUUUUUAAUGAAGUCUGAGUGAACAUGCUGCUUUCGCCUCUACGAAGCCUUCAGAUGUGUGUUGUCUGUAGAUGACUGUCCGUCGUUCCACUUACGUCUGCAUCCCAGAUCAAAACGAGGCUGCUGUGUUUGGCGAACAAACAGCCGUGCCAGGGACCCCCUGAAGGCUGCUGCAGUGUUUCGUUUUGACGUUUCAUGCCUGUCUAAUCAACUUCUUUUCUCUCACUUCCUAUUGUGAGACUGAAAAUAGCUUUUCCUACAAGGCCACUUUUCAGCAGCUUUCACUAUUUGUGUCUUGCUUACAGAUCAAUAGAUUGCAGAUCGUCCUGAUCCACACAGUCUGGGGAGCUUUCAUUCAAAGCUGCUUAUUCGAUCUCGGAUUCAUUCGUUGAAGAUGAUUAUUAUUAAUCAUCAGAUCCGAAUGUUGUCAGUCCAGCUGAAUAUCUUCACAUGAUCAACAGACAUGGGGUAGUUUAAUCCAGGUGAACCUUCUGGGAAGGGCUGCACGAUAUUUGUUAAACCAGCGAUAAUGUGGUGGAGUAUUGCAAUAUGAUUGGCAAUAAAUUAGCACUUGUGUACAUGAUGUUGACGUCUUUAGGAUUUGUAAUUUCAAAUAACAGUGCUCUUUCUCUUCUUGUAACCUCGAUGCAAAAAGAAGAUGUUGAGUUUCUUGUUCUUUUUCUUUUUUUUUUAUUUGAAGCAUGUCUACAAUUCAUACCUGCAGCAUUUCAAAAGCAAAACAGUUGCUUUUAGCUAUUUUUCAUUUGAUUUAUAUGCUUUUGUGCUUGUCAUGCAUGAAUGCACACUGCAUGGGAGCAUAUAAUUUAUUGCAGUUCAAACCUUUUGCGUUUUGUAGAUUGCGGCUAUUGAUAUUGCGUUAAUGUAAACAUUUGUGACAUAUCGUGCAGCCCUACUACCGGGGGUUUGAUCGCAAAUUGUAAAACAAUCACUGAAGGUUGAAGUAAAGAGUUAAAAGUGAACAAAAGUUUACUUCGAACUUAGAAACAUAAGCGACUUAUUGUAUUUGAGUAAUCGAGUUAUUGAAAUCAUGUCUGUUUUUAUAACCGCAAAUAAAUAAUUCCAUGUUGAAAUGUAACCAAACAGCUACUGUGUGAGUUUUAUGGUGUGUUGAAUGCUGUUGCCAUAGAAACAUAGCGUAUUGGUUCAUUUUCGUUGAAUUUAACCAAAGAAAUAUGUAUCUUAGCAUGAUAAUCAGUCUGGUUCAAACUUUGCUUGCAGUUCCCGAUGUUCAUUUGGAGUUCUGUGAAGAAGAAAAUGAUCAAACUGCCCCAUGUCUGUGGAAAUGAGAACAAUCGAGUCGACUGGACUGAGUGGCUUUGCUCUCUUUUGUUGUCAUGUACUUGCAUUUCUUGAAAAAAGGAUGCAGGACCAGCUGUAUACUUCAAUAAAUUUCCAGCAGAUCAACUUAAACACUGUCCAAUAAUCUAAACAAACAGCAACAGUCUGUAGAACCAACCAAACAGAGAGGGGAGUCAUGUAGUCCUGCAGUUCCCAAAACUGAAGACAGUGGAUUGACCUCUGCUCUUUUUUUUUUUUUUUUUUUUUUUUUUAUUAUGAGAAUUAACUCCUCGCUUGAUGUUAAUGGGUUCAGGAUGGGUGUCGUGGUUUAGUAGGUGAAUGGCCAUGGGGAGGGCAGCGUCGUACAACGUGAGCAGGACAAUCUGACGUUGUGUGAGCAGACCUCUGAGUGUGUCUGACGGCCGGCCGACUUCCUCUUUUCUCUGCCUGGUUCUCUUCUCCUGUUGAUGCCACCAUGUUUGUCUGAACCAAUGCCUGUCUGUCAGCAUUAUUAAAUAAACAUGACGUAUGUUGAACAAGA